AUGAACACGGAUGAAAUACUGACAGAAUGGAAGGACUAUAAACGAAAAGGCCAUCAAUAUGACGUGUGGGGUAAUUACAAGAAAUGGCUGUGGAAUGAGAUAGACCCGAUAUUACACAAGUUUAUUGAAUAUGUCAAGGACAAGGAAAACUGGGAAAACUACGGAGGCAACUGCGAUAACAGUUUUUAUUACCAUAGUGGAACACGUUAUUUGCACCACGUUAGGUGGCCCGGUACCAAGGUUAUGUGCAAGAUUAUGUCAACAGCAUUAUUCUUCCUAACCGCCCCCGAUGGGUUACCAACAUUUACGCACGGAGCACAUGACACAGAACAAAAGUUAAGACAACUUAUAGGGUGCACAAUUGUAAAUAUAUUCAUGUAUAUACUGGAGAAAACAGUAUGUGAGGGACACUGGGGGCUACAGUAUGCAUGGCACGUUAUGAGGGAAGAGAUGCAAGGAAUACCGGGAAACAUUGUGGCCGAGGGAAAAUGUCUCGAAGGGUUCAUAGACAACGUUAACCUUGGGAGUUGGAGUAUGAAGGAAAAAAUUAAGGAGUGGAUACAGCACAACACGGACUUACGUACUUGGGUGCAGGAUACAGAAAUUAAAAAAAUGUGCAAAACUGCCCAGGAAGAAAGUAAACAGGCGGGGAGAAAAGGGACGGAAAAGGGUACAUGGCAGGCGGGGGGGGAAAAUACAGAUAAUUAUGGAGAAACGGCAGUCCGGGAGAAAAUGGACAGAGGACUCAAAGACGUCAUAGGACGCGCAAUGAACGAGAUAAUGCAAAAGGUGGGUGACCACUUGCAGGGCGCAGGCCAGCCAGCUAGGACUGGGGCACCGGGUACAGCAGCAGAGAAGCCAGGAUCGGGCACACACGCAGCUGCGGGACCCAAUGCGCCAACCACGAAACCCGGAGGAGCACAACACGACAGCAACAACGACACAAGACGUGCAGAGCACAACACGCAUGGUUCAACGGCCGCUAAGCCUGUGGCACCACCGGCUGCACCCGCAUCAGCCGCACCGGCCGCAGCAGGAUCAGGAGCAGUCGGACAAGGACCAGGUCCGGGACCAGGACCUGGACAACAACCCCCACCUCCACCACCACCGCCUCCGGAGAAGACUUCUGGGGGCACCCAAGGCGGGAAGGAUGCAGACCAAGCAGGUAAGUGUACAGAGAGUUCCACCAGUACGAAUAAAAAAGGAACGGGUGUUGACGUAAGCUUUGGGUGUACCUCAGACAAGGAGUUAGGAGCUCCAGACAUUGUACCUCCAAAUCCCCCUGAUCCAGAGCCAGGUAAAAAUUCCUAUGCAUCAUAG